AUGGCCGACAGGACAUCAAAUGCGUACCCUCUUAUUGCCACAUUAUCGACUCUAGCAAAAAGAGGGGACAGGCUUCUGGAGGGUUGCAAAAAAAAGAGGGAAAAUUCGAUAAUGGGCAGUGAGUUACGGCUCACAAAACUGACGUUUUUGACGCUUUUCCGCAACGAUAUUACAAGUGAGGGACUCGAAGAUGGUUCAUUUGCCAAUCUUGGGAACCUUGUCUAUCUAAGUCUUUACGCCAACUCUCUGACCAACAUUUCUGCAGCCACAUUUGAAGGGUUGGUGUCUCUGGAGUCAUUGGGUCUUGGAAACAACCAGAUUCAAAACUACCCUCCAUUUGUUUUUGCCAACAUGCCAUCUCUAACAACCAUCAACCUAUCCAGCCAUAGAUCCUUUGGUUUCACCUUGCAUCCUAAUACGUUCGGCAACCUAGCGGCACUCCGUCAUCUGAAUAUUGCUAAUGUAGUGAGCGUCUCGCCGGGUGUGUUUCGACACCUUCCUUGUCUCCAAACAGUAUGGAUGGGGGGCAGACUUACCUGCGAUUGUGAUAUACUUGAUCUAGCGACAUGGCUGAAUAGAACAGCCGUGACUGCUCGACCGCAUGCUCUCACGUCAGAGCCUGUAAAAUGCUACAAUCCAAGUCACCUGAGGAAUGUGCCUCUCAUAGACCUACGAGAGGAAGACUUGCGAAUGACGUGCCCAGCGACAACAGAACCACCAUCAACACAAUCUACUGAUCAGAUCUGCCCAACAACCUCUCCUACAACUGAAGUUAUGACGUCUUCUCGUCUUGUCACAACUCCGAGGCCAACACCACCACUUCCCUCGUCCUUUAGAACAGCACAACCAGGAACCUGCCCCGGUCCACAGGACGUCACCAUCCAAAACGUACAGGACUCUCGUACCGACAUUCAGUGGUCUCACGGAGGUAAAGCCGUUAGUACGGACCUGACAGGAUUCGUCAUUCAGUACCAAAUCUUUGGUCACCAGUCGUGGAUGACAACACAAGAGAUUCACUCGCGUGGCCGGCAGUACACCAUAUUGGAUCUUCUUCCCGACACGCCUUACAAAGCCUGUGUUGCUGUUCUCUGCAAGGAUGAGCUGGUACAACCAGGACUGGACCACUGUGUGGACUUUACAACCGGAUCAGCAUCUCUAUCUCAGGCAACAGUAGGCUUAGCCGUUGGCAUCCCCUCGUUGGUCAUCAUCCUAGGCCUUUUGGCAGCAAUCUGGAAAAUGAGAGGACGUUCCUCUUCGGAACAUAACGCCGGUUACACAGCUGAAUGCCCUCAUCGUCAGGAAGCGGAUCAAAGCAGGGCUGACUGUGCAGUUGUUCAUCGAGAGAAUGAGUACCAAAACUCAGCGUUCCCAAGAGAGUCCGCAACAGGCAGUAUCACCAGCUCGUAUCUGGACUUGGGCAGAGCUGCGGACAUGCUGAACUCAACAGGUGCUGGGGCAGAUAAUGGUCACUAUGCACCCGCUCCUGCUCCGCGUCCGGACACAAGCAUCCCCUUAAGCUCAGUCAAGAACCCCGUCUACACCCCUGACAACAUGGACGACAACAUCUACACUACGGUCGACGAUGCGCUUGACCACGGAGCAACUGCGGAUACGUCAGAGGAUGACGUUUACAUCCAUGUCACCGGUUAA